AUGUCGGCAAACUCGUUUAUCCUCGUCUUCAUUUGUCUUUUAUGUGCAAGAACUCAAUCUCAACAAGCAUAUCGUCAAUAUUUAAUUAAAAAAGAUUUUUUCAGUGGAUUUAAAGCUGGUGAAUUUUCAAUUUAUGAUCAAUCGGCUAACACUUUACUUUUUCGACUUGAAUCACGUUUUGAUGUUACUCAAAACGCAGAACUUUAUGCUUAUCCAGGAAAACGAAUGGUUGCCUCUAUGAAAAAUCUCUGGUCCCCAUGGUUAUAUGAUGCUGAAAUUCAAGUAUUUGACAUGAUGUUUAAUCAAUGGAAUUUUGGAAGAAUUACUCAAGCUUUUCCUACUUAUACUUUUCGAUAUAUUAUUCAAUAUGCAAAUCAACGUUUAAUUAUGGAACAUCAAGCAUUUUCAUUAACAACUGAAAUUCGAAAUGAACAACCACCAAAUGAUGUUCUUGCUCGAAUAAGAACAAAAUUAUCAUCAUUUAUUUUGCCGAAUAAAUACGACUUAGAAAUAUAUACAAAUGAAUUACCUGAUGUUAUCUAUCUUUUAGCAUUGGUUGCAUAUGAUUAUAAUCAUGGAAGAAAUAGACGUGCUAAUCAAAAUGGAAAAUAA